AUGUGGAGGAGUCGACGCGCAGCAAACAUGGGACUCUCCUCGCUUUUCAAAUGGCUUGUUAUCACAGUAUUGGUGCCAGCCUGGCUGGUGGCUGCUCCAAGUGGCGUCCGCGAACGUCCCUGCCCUCAGAGCUGUAGAUGUGAUGGGAAAAUUAUAUACUGCGAGUCCAAUGCCUUUCGUGAUGUGCCAAAUAAUGUUUCCGUGGGAACACAGGGCCUCUCCCUGCGUUACAACAGCCUGGUCAACCUCAGAGCCCGACAGUUUUCAGGCCUCAGUCAACUGGUUUGGUUGUAUCUUGACCAUAAUUACAUUAAUUCUGUGGAUGGCCAAGCGUUCCAUGGGAUACGGAGGCUCAAAGAAUUGAUUCUCAGCUCUAACAAGAUUACACAGCUAAAGAACAACACUUUCCACGAUGUCCCGAAUUUGCGUAAUCUCGACCUCUCCUACAAUAAAUUGCAGGCCCUACAGGUUAAUCAGUUCCAGGGACUACGAAAAUUACUCAGUCUUCAUUUGAGGUCCAAUUCCUUGAAAACUGUACCAAUGCGAGUUUUCCUGGAUUGUCGCAAUCUGGAGUUCCUUGAUAUUGGCUACAACAGGCUACGUAGCCUUACACGUAAUGCCUUUGCUGGACUCUUAAAGCUCGUGGAGCUUCAUUUGGAGCACAACCAGUUUUCAAAGAUAAAUUUUGCUCACUUUCCCCGCCUGAUGAACCUGAGGGCACUCUACUUGCAAUGGAACCGUAUCAAAUCUAUAACCCAGGGCUUGCCGUGGAUGUGGACCUCCUUGCAAAAGCUGGACCUCUCAGGAAAUGAACUCCAAGUCUUGGAUGCUAGUACAUUCCAAUGCCUUCCUAAUCUGCAGACACUCAACUUGGACUCCAAUAAACUCAGCAAUGUGUCUCAGCAGACGGUGGCAGCAUGGAUCUCCCUCACAACCAUCAGUCUGGCCGGUAAUGUGUGGUACUGUAACCCGAGCAUAUGUCCCCUGGUAGACUGGCUGAGGGCCUUCAAGGGCAACAAGGAGUCUACGAUGAUAUGCUCAGGCCCCAAGGAGGCACAGGGAGAGAAAGUAAUUGACGUGGUUGAGACUUCUAAUAUAUGUAUAGCAACACCCACAUCAACUAAAGCCCUGACAGCCUCAACUAGACCCACCGCUGCUACUCCAUCACCACCUGAGCUGCCACCUCUGCCCACACAGCCCAUGGUAGAUAAAAAGCAGAUCUGGAACCGGACAGCUUCCCCAACUCUUUCAGAAGUCUCCCCCACAAUCCCUUUGCCAGACACCGAGUAUGUGUCAUUUCAUAAGAUAAUAGCCGGUAGUGUGGCUCUCCUAUUAUCUGUAGCCAUUAUUUUGCUGGUUAUCUACGUAUCAUGGAAACGCUACCCCAGCAGCAUCAAGCAGCUUCAGCAGCGCUCGAUGGUUAAAAAGCGGCAGAAAAAGGCGCGAGAAACUGAGCGCUCUUUUAAUUCACCACUGCAAGAAUAUUAUGUGGACUACAAGCCUACACACUCAGAGACUAUGGAUGUGCUGGUUAAUGGGACAGGACCUUACACAUACACUAUCUCAGGCUCCAGAGAAUGCGAGAUACCACAGCAGCUGAGUGCUUCGACGUUGUGCAGAUAUGAGCAGUCGGUUCUGGACUACUGCCAUCCCAACCGGUCACUGCAUCUCACCAUGGGCGUGGCGCCCCCGACUCAGGCCCUGGGAGGUCUUGGGCCGGCCGGGUACUACACAGGCCUAGUACAUAUGGCUGCCUUUCCAUCCAAGCCUCUACUGCCUUGCUCCCAGACCCCCGCCCCCAUCCCCCAUCCCCCAUCCCCAACUCCCUCCAACAGCGAGCUGUGCACACAGCUAAAGAAGCACCUGUGCCUCCACCGGCGAGCCCGUCUCUGCCAUCGAAAGGACGGAGGCCCAUUUAAAGAGACACACGGUCAGCGGUGA